AUGACCCAAGAAUAUAAAAAAGGUCAAUUUUUUGCAAUUCAGCGUCACGAUUCACCAACUCUAACUGAUAUAUUUCCAAGAUAUAGAACAGGAACAUCAAAUCAGCAUUAUUUGUACUCAAAUGAUUUAAAUUCAACAGCUGAACCAUUAAAUUUUCAACCAAUGUCAACAAUAGACUUUGAAGAACGAGUUGUUUAUCGUUCUUCUCCAUCAAAAAACAGGAAUUCUCCUGUUCCUAACACAAAUUCACCGCUUACUUCAAGUAGAGAUAAAAUAAGUGUUAGAAAUACUUCAGUAAGUUACAUGAAUGAAACUCCAGUUAAAGAAAGCACAAUUAAAUCUUCAUUAAAUUCUAUUACUCCGCCUUCAGUUGUUUCAGAACAAAGAAGCUCGAAAUCUUCAUCUUCUCAAAUAAGAAAUGAUACUAAAUAUGAUUCAAUCAAAACAGAAUCAGUUUCUUCCAAAAAACAAUCAAAUAAUGAAAUUCAAAACAAUAAGAUAGCCAGUAAAGUUGGAUCUAGUCCAACAUACCAAACUAGUACAUCACCAAAGCCGAGUAACUCAAUUAGCUCUCCUCCAAAAUAUAAUCAAAUUAAUUCACCUCCGAAGUACAGUUUCAUGAACUCUUCGCCUAAAUUAUCAACAAACUCACCAACUUAUAGCAAAUCUACUGCACAAAACUCAAUUUCAUCAAAGCCAACUUAUAUUCCUUAUCAAUCUCCACUUACUAAGUCAGAUAAGUAUGUUUUAGAUGUCAAGGAAGACAUUAAGUCUCCACAAUCAGGUUCUUAUACAAAUUCGAGUGAUUCAACAAAAACAUCACCAAUAAAUUACCAAAAAUACCAGAAAACACCAGCAAAGACUAAUUACAAUAUUUCCAAUAGAUCUUCUAAGAAAUAUGAAGUUAUUGAUGAUAAAAUAGAAGAAGAAGAGGAAUAUGAUUCAGAUCUUCCAAUUGAACCAAUGCCAAAGCAAGAAGAAACAAAAACAAAGUCACCAAUACCAGAUAACUAUAAGAAUAUCUCUAAUAUUAACAUUGAUGAGUCAGAUUAUUCAGAAUAUGAUGAUUCUGAGAGAGAAGACCAAAUUUCAGACGACGAAGAGGAAGAAUAUGACAUAGAUGAAACAGUGCAAAGUUUUUUCUCUCCUCUCAAACCUCCAUUAUCGGAAUCCCACAGCGUCCCUCCAUCUCCGAAAUCUAAGAAGUCAAGUUAUGAAGAAAUUGAUACUGACUCUGAUGAUGAGCCUAAAAAGAACUUAAGUCCAACAAGAAAAUCAAUUAUUAAACAUAUCUCAGAAAAUUCUGACGAUGAACCAGAACAAGUACUAAGUCCAACACAGAAAUCAAUAAUGAUUGAUGGUGACCACUCCCAAAUUUCAGAUGAUGAAAGCGAAGAAGAAAAAGAAUUUCCAUCUAUAGUAAGUCCAAGGAAAUUCAAUGAAAGCGCUGAAAGAUCUUUUGUUAAUGAUACUCAGAAUGGUUCUGCAAUAGGUCUCCCAUACUAUGAUCCUUCUUUAUCUGUAAUUGACGACGAAAUUGAAGAAAAAGUUAAAGAAAAGAGUCCUAAAGAAGACAAAACUUUAUCUCCAAAGGUUAAAAGUCCAAGAAAACAAUAUAGAUCUUCUCCAUCUGUUCCACAGAAGCCUCAAGAAAAAUCUCCAGUUAAUAAUUCGAAAUCUCCAAAGAAUAUCACUGGUUCAAGCCCUGUAAAUGUAACUUACAAGUCACCUGUUACUUCAAAUCCUGUUCCUUCUAAGACAGAAACAAUUUCUUCAAGAAAUAAUACUAAUCCAGCUAAAGUUGAGAGCAAGGAAAUUAAGAAACCUGUUACUACACCUACAGUUGCUAAUAAUGUCCAAUCAAAGAAUUAUUUAUCCAAUAAUUCUGCAAAUGCCAGACAAAACCCUAUCCAAAAGGAUUUCAGACCAACUAGCAAGCAUUUACUUGGUUCUAAACCAAUAAAGAACAUUAAUGACGAAGAAGAUGAAAAACCAAGUUAUUAUUCACUGACAGAAGAAGAAUCAUACGACAGCCAACCGAAUCAAGCCAUUAAACAAAAGAUUUCUGACUCAUAUAAGCCAAAGCAGUCGAUUUCUGAUGAAGAAGAAAGCUUUAAUUACGAAGAAGACGAUGAAAUGCUUCAACCAUCCAUUUCCAAUCACUCAUUUGAAGAAGAUAAACAAUACAAUGCUAGAAUUGGUCCUGGCAGUGCUAUAAGUCAGAAUUCUUAUUCUUCAAUGCAGACAAUUGAAGUUAAAGCACGUCCAUCUGAAAAACCAAAAGAAAAUCCAAUAGAAUCAAAGAAUUCACCACUUGACAACAAUGUUAAUCCUCUCCAAAAGCUUUUGGGACAAAUUAAUAUUAAAUCUGAAGAAAAACCUUCUUCUCAGCCUAAAUCAUCUGUUCCACAACAAAACAAGCAACAAUUCAAUAAUAAUUUCCAACAGAAAGUAAAUAAUCAGAAAAUUAUUGAAAAUGUUACUCCAAUUCAAAAAGAAGAGGACAAAUCCCAUAUUGAUAACGAAGAGGAAGAAGAUGAAUUCUCUAUUCCUGACAUUGCCAAGAAAUAUCUCGAUAGUAAUUCAGAUGAUUCAGAUAUUGAACUUCCUCCUGAAGCAAUCAAGUAUCUAGAAGAAGAAAACACACAAGUUUCACUCUCUGAUGACCAAGAUAUUGAAAAUAACUCACCACAAAAGACUACAUCAGGAGUUGACAUCCAAAUUAGAUCAAAAAUGAAUGAUGAGAGCAUUGAAGACAAUGUCAGACCUGUUGUUAGUAUCAGUCAAUGUUCAAAUGUCGGAUACAACUCUCAGGCAGUUUCUAUUUCAAUAAAAGGAGAAGAAGAAGAAAUUAAUGACGAAGAAGAUGGAAAUGCUGAAGAAUCAGAAGAGGAUAUUGAUAUAUCCAAUAUAGAAGAGAUAUUAAAGAAAUAUAAUGUUGAUUUAGAAGAAGAAUCACAACCUGAUGAAUGA